GGCAGGUUUGGCAAUGUGCGAGAAGAAACGAAACGAGACGAGACGAGAAGAGGCGACAUUUGAUUAAGCAAAACAAUCCAGUGAGGAAGUAAUUAAAGUGAGUGUAAGUUUAUUCCUUGUGUGCGUAAUAAUCACAGGUUGUAAGGUCACAUUGUGGUCACAUUAUGGACACACUGUGCAGUGGGUCCGGGUUGUAAAACUUCCAGCUGAGGAAGAAGCGCAGCUUUUCUCAUCGUCUGCUUUUUUUUAAAUUUCCCCUGCUACCCGGGCGGUUCUGUUUAUGGUGGAUUUACCCUCAGCUUGUUUAAACACGUCAUUCCUCUUUACUUCUCUAAAGUUUGCGCUCCAACUUGGAGAGACAUUCUGUGCGUAUUUCUGCUGGUCUUGAGGGUCAGCUCGACAGCUGCAGGAGUCUCAGCUUCCUCCCUCCAAAAGACACUGACGUUGACCCCGGAGGUGAAGAGACACAGCAGGUUGCUGAGUUUCUCCUUUUUUAGUAUCAUCAGUCCACAGAGCACACACAGAGUGGUCAUUGUCCUCUGAAGUCUACAGCUGCUGGAGCCAUUAUUGGUAAACGGACAUGGACGUGCAUCUCGAUGGAUUGUUUAGCCAGAACGUCAGCUACGACUACGAUCAGGACUAUUUGUAUGAAGAGGACGUUGAGUUAAAAACCAGUAAAGUGGUGUUGAUCCCGCUCCUGUACUCCCUGGAGCUGGUUAUAGGCCUGCUGGGGAAUGGCCUGCUCCUGGCUGUCCUGGCUCAGAAGAUACGAUCCUGGACUAUAACAGACACCUUCGUCCUCCACCAGUGUGUCGCCGAUGUCCUGCUGCUGCUGACGCUGCCCUUAUGGGCUGCACAGGCCGCUCAACAACGUGGAUGGUGCUUUGGGGCUUUUCUCUGCAAGAUUAAUGGAGCUGUUUUUAAUAUCAACUUCUUCUGUGGGAUCUUUCUACUGGUUUGCAUCAGUCUGGAUCGCUACCUGUCCAUCGCCCACACCACCCAGCUAUACUCCAAGAAGAAGCCCAGGUUGGCUCAUAUCAGCUGCCUGUCGGUCUGGAUCGUCUCCAUCUUCCUCACCUUCCCUGACUGUUUUUUCCUGGAGGCGAGGGUCGACCUAGCACUAGACAAAACCCUGUGUUUUCACAGCUACUCUCAGCCGGUAACUAAUUGGCAGCUGGCAUCACGCCUGCUCCACCACACGCUGGGCUUCCUGCUGCCUUCAGCCGCCCUGAUCAUCUGCUGCUCCUGUAUCCUGCAGCGGCUGCAGCGUAGCAGCUCUAUAAGCCCCAAGAAGCAGUGGGCCAUCAUGAUCAUGCUGCCCCUGGUAGUGGUCUUCCUUCUCUGCUGGAUGCCAUACAACAUCACCCUCAUUGUUGACACUUUCAAAAGCAGCUCUAAGGAGCUGGAACGCUCCCUGAAAAAAGCUCUGAGUAUCACAUCUGGUCUGGGCUGCAUGCACGCCUGCCUCAGGCCGCUACUCUAUCUCGGCCUGUGUGCAAACUUCAGGAAACGGACGCUGGCCAUGUUGAGAUGCGAUAAAGUUGAAUCUGAGAGCUGGCUGUGGGAGUUGGACGUGGGCGAGGAGGACCUCUCCGACCAGAAUCACGAGGUGGAAGAGCUGAACCAGAGGACAAGUGUAGAUCCGGUGCAGUCAACUGAGUGCUGAUUAAAGGGGAACACCACCCAAAUUAAGAAUUCCAAUAUAUUAUUUCCAUGGCCGAGGAAAGUUCAAUCAAAAUUUGUGAACAUGAGCUCCUCUCUCUCAAAGCCAGAAACCAGAGAAGUAAG